AUGCGUGGCCGAAAAGUUGCUUUACUGCUCGAUAAUUUCUCCGCUCACGAAACCACUGUCAAAGCUAUACAAAGGGAGCAAUAUCAACUCCAAAAUACGCAGAUUUUCUGGCUGCCAGCGAAUCCAACCUCAAGAUACCAACCGCUUAACCAGGGGAUCAUCCAGAACUUCAAAACCUACUACCGGAGAUACUGGGUUAAUUGUAUGCUUCAAGAAUACGAUGCCGGUAGAAAUCCGCUUGAUACAAUCACCGUGUUGAAGACAAUCCGUUGGACAAUUUACUGCUGGCAAGAAGAGGUCUCAGUCCAAACGAUUUCGGAUUGCUUCGAGCAAGCGCUUUCUGCGGGAUCAAGGCCUUAUUUUGACCCAUACGCUGCGGAGUCGGAAAAUGAAGAUAAUGAGGUGCCUGAUCCUCUUCCUCCACGAACUUCUAUUGAGGAAGACUUUGCAUUGAUUGAAAAGCUUCAAACCCACGAGGAGCAGCAACCGGACGGCUCGAAGGAAUUUCUACGUGCCAUGCAGAGAUAUAGGAAGCUUUUAUGGGAUCGACGAAGGCGCUUGAAGGUCGAUGGCGAUGUCGGAAGGGACUUCGGCGCCUUUUAA